CAAUGGGUCUUAAACGCCAAACCUACAAAAAAGCUCAAGAGGCGGUGAGAAAAGAUAUUGAACGAGCCUUUGGGGUCUUGAAAGCUAAGUGGCACAUUCUAGAUCGUCCGUCGAAAUGUUAUUCUCAGACAAAAAUGAGGAAUAUCAUCGCCGUAUCUCUCUUCUUCGGCCCUCUCUCGCCGAUCUCUCCCUCUCGCUGCUCUGCACUGCCGGCAACCCGUCUCCCUCUUUCCACCAUGGCUGACAAAGCUGAAAGUGCGAUCACCUCUCAAGACAACACCUCCAAAUCUCCUCACCUUGCCUUCACCACCAUCUCCAACGUGAAACUCCACGUUCCUAUUCAACUCAGUUUCUCACAACCCAAUUACAAAAAGUGGAGUCGAUUGUUUCUCCUCCUAGUUCGGCGCUUCAACCUCCAUAGGUAUCUCGACGGCUCCGUCGUCCCCAUCUCUCAGGACGACGAUGAAUGGUUUCAACUGGACGCUCUUCUCCAGGGUUGGAUCCUCUCUACCAUCACCGACGAAGUUUCGGAUCUUGUCAUCUCCUCCACCACUUUUGCAGCUUAUCUCUGGAAGGUCAUUCACGAUCUCUUUCAUGACAACAAACACGCUCGUGCCAUGCAACUCGAGCACCAAUUCCGCACCACCAUCAAAGGCAACACCCCCAUGGCUACCUACUGUCAGACUCUCUUCAACAUCGCCGAUUGGCUAGACGAUGUUGAUGCACCGGUAUCACAGCACCAACUCGUCCUUCAGAUGCUACGAGGGCUCCUAGAGGAUCUCCAGGCUCAGACUUCUUUUCUUCAAUUCCAGGACCCGUUGCCUACAUUCCUCCAAGCCCGUUCGGCUCUUCUUUUGUUGGAACGGCAACGAACAUCGCUGGACAAUCAUGGAUCGUCGGCCCUCGUAGCACGCUCGGGCAGUUCUCCCCACUCCGGGGGUUAUGGCGGCAGUCACCAGUCGACGGGCAGCAGCUUCUCCGGCGGGUCCCAGGGCAGUUUUGGCAGCGGCAACGGGGAUGGCUCCUCUGGGCAGUGCAGCGGCUAUGGACGGGGUCACGGACGUGGCGGUGGAAACCGGGGACGAGGUACGGAGCAAACGAAGGAUGCGAUGUGGGAUCGUAUCGAGGAGAAAUUCUUCACGGCGAUGAAGAAGGACGGCUCCUACCGAACCCGUGACCAACUCACUUCCAAAUGGAGCCACAUCAACAAAAAAGUACGAAAGUUUAUGGGAGUAUACGAGGAAUGCUCCCGGUCCCGGAGGAGCGGCAUGAAUGACGCCGAUGUUCUCCGGCUUGCCACGACCCGGUAUCAAGACGACGGGAACCAAGGCAAGGUGCCCAUCGAUCUUUGGGGGAUUUUGAGUCGUUCCCCGAAGUGGCAACAACUCAACAAUCCCGACGGCGUAUCAUUCCGGAAAAGAUCCACCGUCGACGCCGAGGUUGAGGUCGACGAGACCAUCGGUCUACCGAUCAAAUCCCUUCCUUCAACGUUGCGGCUUCCGAUGACGAGGACCCCAUUCCACGGCCGAUCGGAAGAAAGAAGGCAAAAUCCAUUGCCUCUGGUUCGGGAGGGUCCGCCUCUAUUUCCGCUUCUCCCCGCGACGAAAUCGGCCGGGCAAUGGUUGAACAACUUCGGGCGUUCAAUCUCCAAGAACAAGAGAGGUUGAAGCUUAAAGAGAAGGAGUUGAAGCUAAAGGAGCAGGAGGCCGAGAUGAAAGUCAUGCAAACCGACUCCGGGACUUUGUCGGAGUUUGGACGAAUUAUCUACGAGCAAAGAAUGAGAGAGAUCAAGGAGAAAUAUAAUUUUCCUUAGUUUUUUUAUUAGUGUAUCUUUUUUUUAAAUGAUUGUCGCUUUUUUUUUAUUUAAUUAAUGUGUUUUUUUAUUAUUCGUGUUUCAAUUUAAUUAAAUAAAAAAUUAAGUACAUUUUAUUAAUUUAAUUUUAGAAGAUGUAUAUUUAAAAAUGUAAAAAAUGAAGGUUUGAAGCCCCG